ACCAUCAGGCCACCAAUGCCGGCCAUAGCUUCAAUCUCGAAAAUUUUUCUGUUCAAAGCCUUCUCUUUGUCCUCUUCUCGCUCUGUUAAAGAUCAAACCUUGAUUCAAAGAUGUAACUUUCCAGUAAUACGAGAAUCGGGAAAACGAAUUCCGUUAAUUAAUGACUGCAUGGUGUUUGCUAAAAUGCCUGAAAUAACUGGUAUCGGUGUACGGACAUAUCUUAGCGGGACAGGAACCUGGGAAGAUGGUGCUUUUGUUAGAAGUGAUUUGGACACUAGUCAUUUGAUUAGUGCUUUAAGGUUUUGUAGUGAUGAAGGAUGCGUCGACCUUGGAAGAAGUUACCAUGGUUUGAUUGCAAAGAUUGGGCUUGAUGGAGAUGAAUUUGUAAAUACUAGCCUUAUUGAUAUGUACGCUAAAAGUGGAGGUAUAGAUAGUGCCGUUAUGGUAUUUAAUCAGAUGCAUCAUCUAGAUGUUGCUGCAUGUAAUUGUUUGAUCUCCGGUUAUGCCAAUUGUGGGUUAUUUGAUGAAGCUUUUAGGUUCUUCAUGAAGUACGAAAGCUUGGGUAACAAGCCGAAUUCAUAUACAUACUCAAGUAUGCUAGCAAUUUGCAGAAUCCUCUCGGCUCUCGAAGAAGGUAAACAGCUUCAUGCCCAAGUAGUGAAGAUGCAGUAUUUAUCGGAAACAGCUGUGAGUAAUGCACUUUUGACAAUGUAUUGCGAGUGUAAGGCCAUGGCAGAUGCCGAAUCAGUGUUUGAAUGGAUUCCCCAAAGGAAUACCAUUUCAUGGACUGCAAUCAUCAAUGGAUUGUACCAACAUGAGGAUUUUGAGAAAGCUAUGAGGAAGUUUUGCUUGAUGAGGGAGAGUGGGAUUGAACCAAAUGAAUACACAUUUACAAUAGCUCUUGCAUCUUGUGGAAGUAUGAAGAGUGUUGAUAGCGGCCGUUUGCUUCAUGCUUUAGUGAUUAGAAAGGGGAUGGCUUUGGGUGAAUUUGUAGGGACUGCAAUCGUAGACAUGUAUUCUGAGCUCGGAUUAACAGAUGACGCCAAAAAACAAUUCAGAGAGAUGGGAAAUGUGGCCUCUAAAGUAACAAGGAAUGCAUUAAUCAAAGGGUUAGUUCAGAAUGAGAAAACAAAUGAGGCUUUGGAUGUUUUUAGAGAAAUGGUAAGAAAAGAUGCUGCAUGUGAUGAAUUUACCUUUUCCAUCAUUCUGAGAGCUUGUGCUUCCUUGCCAUCAUUCUCGAGUUGCCAACAGAUACAUGCUUGGGUAGCCAAAGCAAAGUUAGACACAAACACACAUGUUGGAAGCUCAUUGAUAGAAGCAUAUACCGGAUGUGGAAUUGUAGAAGAUGCAGAGAAGGUAUUCAGUCGUAUUUCAGCACCAGAUGAUGUAUCUUGGAACUCAAUGAUCAAAGCUUACUCACAGAAUGGCAAUCCAAGAAGGGCAAUGUCACUAUUUAGGAGGAUGAUUAUGAAAGGAUUUAGACCAACAGGUUCUACUUUCCUUGCUGUUCUUUCUGCAUGUAGCCACUCUGGCAAAAUCCAAGAUGGCCAUGAAAUAUUUCAAUCAAUGGUAAGAGAGUUUGGUCUCUUACCAGAACAAGCACAUUAUAGUUGCAUGGUGGACUUACUAGGAAGAUCUGGACAAAUAGAAAGGGCACUAGAUUUUAUAAGCAACAUGCCCAUCAAGCCUACAGCUUCGAUAUGGAGACCUCUACUUGCUGCUUGUCGGUGCCAUGACAAUCUCAAAGUUGCAGAAUCUGUUGCAAAGCACAUUCUUGCUAUGGACCCGAAUGAUGCAACUGUGUAUGUGACCCUCUCAAACAUGUAUACUGAAGCAGGACUACUGGAAAAUGCAAAAAACCAGAGAAGGCUGAUGAAACUGAAGAAGGUUACAAAAGAACCAGGACGAAGUUGGAUAGAAGUGAACAACAAGAUACACAAGUUCUUUUCGCACGAUAGAACUCACCCCGAAUCAGAAAAAAUAUACGAUAAGUUGAAGCAAGUAGCGGUGCUGAUAAAAGGAACUGCAGAUUCUGCUAAUGCAGAUUCACUGCAGGUGAAGGAAGAUUAUUGUUUAUACCACAGUGAAAAACUUGCAGUUUGCUUUGGCCUUACAAGCUUGCCAGCAGGAAAGCCAGUUAGAGUUUUCAAGAACCUCAGGGUUUGCACUGAUUGUCAUAUGUUUAUGAAGUUUGCAUCUAUGGUUACAGACAGAGUUAUAAUAUUAAGUGACAAUUAUAGAUUCCAUCACUUCAACAAAGGUUGUUGUUCGUGUGGAGAUUACUGGUAACGGAAACUUUCUCAAUGCAGUGGCAUUGAUUCACUGUAUGCUUCUACUUCAGUUCAUCCAAGUCAGAGUGCUAUCAUCAAUAUCAAACAGCGCAUCCUGAUUCGAUUGUGCAUACAAUGUAAUGGGUCCCACAUGUCAAAAAUAUCAAUGGCAAAGCAUUUUCUUCCUUGCCCACCAAAGGGAGUGUACCUAUCAUGCACCAUUAAUUCUAAUGAUCAACCGGUGCCAAUGCCAGUCUUAUUGAAACAUAGUCUCAUGAUCAAACGAUGAAAUCGGGAAGACCAAUCAAGCCACACCUGAUCAUCAAUGAAUUGGCUCAUUCGACUUAUUUCGCCUCCAAAGUCGAUAACCUUUUAACAGCGCAGCCAAGCAAA